AUUUUGUUACAGUUCGUUGCCGUCCUUGCUUUGGCCGUCGCCGUCUCAGCCCUGCCCGUAGUCCCCGUUGGCAAAAUCGCUUACGCGGAAGCGCCCGCUCAGUACGACUUCCAGUACUCCGUCCACGAUGGUCAAAGCGGAGACGUGAAACAGCAACAGGAGAACCGCGCCGGAGACGCCGUGCACGGCUCCUACUCUCUGGUGCAGCCCGACGGCGUGCACCGCAUCGUAGAGUACACCGCUGACAAGGAGCACGGAUUCAUCGCCAAUGUCCGCUACGAGGGACACCCCAUCCAAGCGCCAGCACCCGCCAAGAUCGCGUACGCCGCUCCCGUCGCCAAGGUGGCUUACUCCGCCCCCGUCGCCUACACCGCUCCCGUCGCCAAGGUGGCCUACUCCGCCCCUCUCACCCACUUCGUCAUCGUCCUCGCUCUGGCCGUGGCUGCCUCAGCCAUACCUUUGGUCCCCGUUGCCAAAAUUGCUUACGCCGAACAGGAAGCACCCGCACACUACGAAUUCCAGUACUCCGUGCACGAUGAGCACAAUGGUGACGUGAAACAGCAGCAAGAGUCCCGCGCCGGAGACGCCGUGCACGGCUCUUACUCUCUGGUGCAGCCCGACGGCGUGCACCGCAUCGUAGAGUACACCGCUGACAAGGAGCACGGAUUCAACGCCAACGUACGUUAUGAAGGACAACCCAUUGCCACUCCUGCUCCAGCUAAGAUCGCGUACGCCGCUCCCGUCGCCAAGGUUGCCUACUCUGCUCCCGUUGCCUAUCAUGCUGCUCCCGUUGCCUACCACGCUGCUCCCGUUGCCUAUCACGCUGCUCCCGUAGCCAAGGUAGCCUACUCUUCUCCCCUUUCCUACGCCGCUCCAGUCGCUAAGGUUGCCUACGCCGCACCUCUUACCCAAGUCAGUUUCUCCUCCCCCGUCAUCUCCUACCACCAUUAAAAUAAACCGAUCCUCGUUAAUGUUAAAUUAUUUAUUGAUGUGAUAUGAAUAGUUACAAAUAAAUUGUUUGUUUAAGAUUUA